AAAUAGUAUAAAACCAAAUGAAAAAUUGUCAAGACGACAUUUGAUGAAUUUCCAACAGUAACCUUUAAAUCUAGCACUGAUUAAGAAUGGCGAACUAAUCCUUUCACCUAUUUACAGAAUAGCUUGUAAUUGUUUUAUAUUUAAAAAAAUUUGUAUUGUUACUUUCUAGAACUCGCAGAUAUGAAUAUUCCAAUAUAUUUUAUGUAUAUAUGGUCACACACAUAGAUUAAUAACAAUAUAGCUAUAACACUAGAUGUCGUCUUUUUAAGAUUUAGGGGUUUUUCGUUCACAAUAACCUUAUGACAUGCUUUCUGUCUGUCUUGCAAUGAGGACUAUGUAUGUAGGAAAUCCCCUUCUCCAUAACAAAUUUUCGAAACAUCUAUCCAGGUACAUUUACAACCCGUCCCCUAACAAAGUCAACCAGUACACAAUCCACACGGGUACGAUCUCGCGAUCUCGUAGCUAUCAAACAAGCUAUAUAUCGAUUGCAAAUCUGUCUCGAAGUUUUCAUGAAUAAAUGUUUUUUACUUUCCUCUUUAGUGUUCCCGUUUUGUUUCUUUGGUUCCACGGGUUGUCUGAUGCCUGAUUAUCAAUUGAAACGCAGUUUCAAUUAACAUGUAUAAGUCAACAGCGUACAUUGUUAAUUAUGUAUAACGUACUGCAGGUUUACAGAAUAUCAUGUUUACACGAUGUUUGCUACAUGUCUACGCCACUUUGAACAUCAUUUUGAGCUUAACAGUCGGUGUAAAGAUUACAGUUGAAAAUCAGGCAUUCCCAUAUAGAGUUGAGGGUCACUUCAAAUAACGCUGACAGUCCCUUUAAUAAUAAGUUCGAAGGGUAACAUACAGAGAAUCGUUAAUGUCCCUAAAUUUACAGAAUAACUUCACAAGGGAGGAAUAAUGUAGUUCAUAGUUAAUAAUAGUCCUACGCGACGGUUGUAUUGAAGAGUGUGUUUCUAAAUGCCGCCUCUGGUUCCUCUGGUUUCUCUGGUUCCUCUGAUUCCUCUGAUUACUCCGGUGAUCUUGAAAGUUCUCUAUAUAAAGUCGGAUACAGAGUAAACCACGCAUCUCCGAUAUGAAGUUCAUACUCUUCACAUUCCCUCUCCUGGCUCUGAAUAAUCCGGUGUUUCACAUUGACAAAAAACAGGAUGGGACUCUAAUCUUCACUACAGAUGAUCCGGCUCUGCUUGAGUUUGUCUGGUUUUCUGAAAGAUCUGGACGUAAUAGAAAUCAACCAUUUCUCUCAUCACAACCCUGGAAGAGUAAUAACAGGUUUGAAACAGCUGAGAGAAUUUUUGAAGGACGUCAGGACGAAAAUCAGGUUGGAGAAGCAGGAGAAAACUUCGUAAACAUCCAUCCUCUCCUUCUACCUAAAAUCAGCUCUGUUGGACUAACCCCGAGCCAGCGAGUUAUUGACGUGGCAGCGAGCACCAGGAAUACGUACACUCAACAGCUGAUAGAUCAGACUGAGGUUUCGAAAAGCCGGCCAAAAGUGAGGGAAGGCACAGACAAGUUCAUCAUAAGAAUUUUGUAAAUUAGAGAAAAAACUUAAAAUUUAAAAUAUUUUUCUAGAAAACUACUAAUUGAACAUAUCGAUCUAUUUAACUACUAUUUGAAAUGUAUCAUAUCUAUAUUUAAUCACACACACAAAAAUAAAGAAUAUAUAUUUUCUUUGCUUUAUUCUGUAAUUUUGUGAUGGAUAUAAAAAUGCAGUUUUAUAUAAUUUGAUGUAAAGAAAUAAAUUGGAUAAAUAUA